UUUUUGCUUGUGUUUAGACACAGAGGUUAGUGUAGUUAACAUAUCAUGGGUGGAGAAGUUCUUGUUGAAUUACUAAGCUAUUGAUUUACAAUAUGGAGAAGGACACUAACAUAGUUGACACUGGACAAUGGUUACUUAAACUGAAAAACCUAUUUGAGCUUUGGGGCCAGAAACUUCAAAUUGUAAAAAUCACAUGGACUCUUGUCCUUCAGCAUUGAGCAGCAUAUGACUGAAGAGGACUGGAGAAAGGGGAGAGCGGGCAUUUAGGUUGGGUAUGGCUCACCUCAAUUUUGCUUUAAGAGAAUUCCUUGUGUGUAGGGUUAUAAAGAUAUCUGAGAUAUGGACUUCGCUAGUUAUGUAUCAAAUCCCAUCUGCAAGGGUUGUUUGUCUUGUUCAAAGGACAAUGGGUGCAGUCGAUGUCAACAGAAGUUGUUCUUCUUCCUUCGGAGAGAAGGGAUGCGACAGUAUGGAGAGUGCCUGCAUUCUUGCCCGUCAGGGUACUAUGGACACCGAGCCCCAGAUAUGAACAGAUGUGCACGAUGCAGAAUAGAAAACUGUGAUUCCUGCUUUAGCAAAGACUUUUGUACCAAGUGCAAAGUAGGCUUUUAUUUGCAUAGAGGCCGUUGCUUUGAUGAAUGUCCAGAUGGUUUUGCACCAUUAGAUGAAACCAUGGAAUGUGUGGAAGGAUGUGAAGUUGGUCAUUGGAGUGAAUGGGGAACUUGUAGCAGAAAUAAUCGCACGUGUGGAUUUAAAUGGGGUCUGGAGACAAGAACACGACAGAUUGUUAAAAAGCCAGCAAAAGACACAAUACCCUGUCCAACCAUUGCUGAAUCCAGGAGAUGUAAGAUGGCUAUGAGGCACUGUCCAGGAGGGAAGAGAACACCAAAGGCAAAGGAGAAGAAGAACAAGAAAAAGAAGAGGAAGCUUAUAGAACGAGCCCAAGAGCAACAUAGUGUUUUCCUAGCUACAGACAGAGCUAAUCAAUAAAAUAAAAGACACACCUAGUAGAUUUUUGGGGGUUUUUGUUUUUUGCAAAAGUGCACAAAGCUACUCUCCACUCCACACUGGUGUGCAGGAUUUGAGCUGCUCUGACCAGUUCUAUUCCCAGUAACCUGGUGAAAGGAAGAGCCACAAGUGUGUCCUCUGUUAUUUAUGCUUUGAUUUGAAUCUGGAGACUGUGAAGGCAGGAGUCAGUGCUUGGCCUGUGACUUGGCUCGGUGUGUUCUGGGAGAACCUGUCUCUGGUGCCAUGGACACAAAAGAGGUGUGAGGCUGCAAACCACCCCUGCAGAACAAACUUGUGCCUAUUUAUGUGAAAGAAGAUGCUCUCAGGCAAAGCGCAACUCACUUGUGACCUUUAUUUCUCGCAUUGUGCAUUUUCAAGGAUAAAUGUAUGUGGCUCUCUGCUUCAUGUUACCACAUGGUGUUCUCAGCAUCUGUUGCCUUCACACCAUAGUCUGAUGAAACUGCUUUUAGCUGGGAAUAUGCUCCGGAAACUCCUGCUCAGUUUCACGGCAGCCCUGAUAUGUACAUAUUCUGCUGGGGCUACAUAUAAAGCUCUUAUUUACUGUAUAUUUAUGCUUUCUUGUGCAUAACACGUCAUACCUGACAAAUAUGAUGUCACUUUGUUUCUAGUGGUUCCUAACCAUUGUCCCGAAAAUGAUUGUUCUAGUUUUGCGAAUUGACAAAUGUUUUGUUGCUUCUUGAAACUAUUUUUUUGUGUGUGUGGGCUUAUUUCUCAUUGUAAGGAUAGGACUAACUAGUUUUUGUAUAUAGAAUUGAAUGACCAGUGUCAAAGAGUUUGGAUAUCACCAGACUUUCCCCACUCCAUGUGUUCCCCCAACACAGAUAAUGCAGCAUGUGGCAUCUGGCUAUCAGAAGUCAAUACUCUCUUUGAAUUUAAGAUGUGAUGACUUUAUGAAACACAACUGAAAACAUGGGGAAUUUCUUCUAGUUGCUUGUAGUAUUUAUCAUGCCAUGUCACAGGCCAGCUACAGAUUUUUUUAAACUUUUGUUUCUGACUUCAACUUUUUUUUUUUUUUUUAACUAUAAAGCAAUCCCUGACUUUUAAUGACAGGCUAUCUGUCAAUAUUCUUGAGUCACUGAAGAAGUUACCAUCAUGAGCCUAUGUAUAGAAUUUGAAGAUAAAACAAGAUGAAUUUGUACAACUGCUGGCCAGAUCCUAACAGGUCUCCAUUCAGCCAGAAUCUGUUUCCUAUCCAAAAGAAAAUGAUGGAAACUUCCCAGGUGGCUUUCAGAGCAGUUUUUUCUGGGGGAAAUGGUUUUUAGAGGAUUUGGAUUGGAUUUUUCUAAAAACAUUAUCUUCCUGGCUGAUCCAGGAGAAAAUUAGAACAAAAAAAAAAGGAACGAUUGCAUAUCUCUGAAGAAACAACCAAAGCAAGGUAAGGCCUUUUUUUCACCUUGCAUUGGCAAAACUACCUCUUCAGCAUUUUUGUUUAACUUUUGAGUCAAAAACAUCUUACCAAUGAGGUUAAGUGUCAUAUACAUCAUUAUGAAGAUAUUAUUGCUGUGAGAUAAUAAGCCAUAUAUGAAUGUCGUAUACAACUUUAGGGUUUGCAUUUUCUCCUAAAGUGUUUCCUCCUUUCAUGUCUAUUUACACUAUAUUCCCAUUUACUAAGAGGGGAGGAGUCUCCUUUAUAUAGUCUCAUUGUUAAUUUGUCAAUUCCUGUUCUGUUGCUGGGAUGUACUUUUUGUGCAUUAAAAACUUCAAAUUUA